GUCUCAUCAAAAUAAUUUUCCUUUGGUCAUCGAUCCUUUCCGUUCGCCAUUCUCUGCGCCCUAUGGGUACGGCGGUCCUCCGAUCCCACGAUUGCCUGAAAGGCCGCCUCCAUUUGGAGGCCUUCGGAUCCCGUCCACCGCCGCCGGCCAAACAUUCGCGCAAGAAACCCCCACGCUCUUCCCCCUCCAGCUCCCCGCCUCCUCCGCCGCCGAAGGCUGGCCGGAGCCACCUGACGCGGCCAGCCCGGCUGUCCCCGCCUCCCCAGCCGACGAAUCCCACACGACCCAACCCCCCGUCGUCUGUUCGGAAAACAGGGUCCCCGGGCAAGGAGAACGCUGGCGACACGCAGAUCCGGCCGCGUAGGCCCCUCGUCAUGGAGGAGGUCACGAUCCUUAAACGCGGGGAGGAGUUGCAGGCUUUCGUAACCCCGGCCGAGGAUCGCCGGUCCGACGGCGACGAAUCGGUCCUCUGCUCGACUAAUAGGCUGGGUCCCGACCCGCAGAUCCUCCCAAAGAAGAUCGGGUUCGCCGAUCCGGCGUCGGUGUAUGCCGGCCCGGCCUUCUUCGCGUCCCCGUCCCCAAGCUCGCUCCCUUUUCCGGCUUUCUUCCUGAAAAAGGCCGGCGGCGAAGCGAUCAACAGCGAUGAGGCCACGAGGAGCCUCCGGUGUUUGCUCCGGCUCGAUGCUCUCGCUUGACGGUCAGGCGCUCGUCACUUUUUUCUAGAUUUUUUCGCUGGAUCGAUGGAUUAUGGUGAUCGUGAAAUGGAAAAAAUGGAUCUUUGUGGUGGUUGGACACGAAUUCUAGGUCUAUUUGAAGGAAAAAGGGAUUUCGGAAAUGAUGCGUAGAUGAAGGCAGGACAACAAGGGGCUUUGUAGAGAGACUGAUCGGCGGUCUUCUCUUUUAUGGGGCGAGGGCUUCUCAUCAUCUCUAUUAGGGUUUUUCCUCUUCGAAGAUCUUCCUCUAUUUUUUCAAAAGGAAGACGUGGAAUUGGAGAAUGAAGGGUCAUGCUAGUAUUAGUAGAAGCUUCUUGGUGCUCAUCUCGAUCUAGGUAUUUGGGUGGUACAAGUUGUGAGUUAUGUUAUGUAAUUUUAGGAGUUGGGAUAUGUUAGUGUUGUUUGUGGGUUAAAGAGUACUCGGACGAUGGAAGAUGUUAGUUUUGAAUUACAAGUUGGUAGAUUUGGUCAGUAUUGUACCUAUUUUAUCUCAAUAAUAGUUUGUUGUUUAUUUGCUGAUUUUUC